AUGUCCCCCCCCCAAAAGGGUAACUGUGUCAUAUUUCUCUCACGCUGCCCGGCAUUUUCCGUUUUAUAUCGGGCUGCCUCUCCGCUGCUGUUUUAUUCAGCUGUACGUGACCUUGACUUCCGCUGUCACGAAAAAGUAGGUCAGAUAAAGACGGAGGAAUGCUACAACGACGGCAAAAAAACUGCAGGUUUUUUGGCCCAUUUUCCGAUUUUCUCUUUUUCUACGUUCUUCUUUUUCCUUCCUUCCCUUUCCUUCCUUCCUUUCUUACUUUCUUUUUUUUUCUUCUUCUUCUUUUCACUCCCCCCCGAGUGUUUGUCCCUCUCUCUUUUCUUCACCUCCGAGUCUCUUCCUCCCUUCUAUCUCUUCAUCCCACCUCGAGUUUUGCCUCCCCUGCCUUUACCCCCCCCCCCGAGUCUUUGCCUUCUCCUCCUCCUAUCUUUACCUCCCCACGUCUUUGCCUAA